AUGGGUGACGCGGCCAUGGAAAGCAAAUCGGCCAGUAAUGGCAGUGGUGAGAAGUCACACCUAUUCAACUUCACUGGCAUAUCUGCCAACAAGGCAGGUAUGGGAGCAGACAGAAAGCUGGUUGCAGACUUCGUUUACGAGAAAAGCAAGAAUUCACAAUACACCCAGCAUCAGCUCGAACUCGACGCCAAGCAGCACACCAGAGCAGAGGCUGUGGCAUGUGAGCUCCGCACGGCCGAGAAGAGAAUGUCCGAAAGUGAGAUGCUGGCGGAAAAGAGGAAGGCCGAAAGCGAGCUGGAAGCGCUUGAGAAGCACAGGGAUCUCACUCGAACCCACUGUGUCGUUGACAUGGACAUGUUCUAUGCCGCCGUUGAGAUUCGGGAUCAGCCAGACUUGGCAUCAAAGCCUGUAGCCAUUGGAGGACUCGGGAUGAUAUGCACCGCGAACUACGUGGCGCGCCUAUAUGGAGUCCGAGCUGCCAUGCCAGGUUUCAUUGCGGUGGAGAUGGUCAGGAAUCCAACUGCCAUCGGCUCGAAGAUGCCACCGGAUGAGCUUGUUUUCAUUCCACCAAACUUUGCGAAGUACACGCAAGUGGCGAUGGAAACAAGGGAAGUCUUUCGACAGUAUGAUCCGCAUUUUAAGGCAAUGUCUCUAGACGAGGCAUACCUGGAUCUGACCGACUAUCUAGCUGCGCAUGGGGUAAGCGCAGAGACCGCCGUGCAAAAGAUGCGAGAUCAGGUCAAAGAACGCACCGGCCUGACCUGUUCGGCUGGCAUUGGUCCAAACCGCAUGGUUGCCAAGAUAGCCUCAGAUGAGAAGAAGCCAGAUGGUCAGACGAGGAUUCUGCCCACAAGGGCAGCCGUUCUUGACUUUAUGGACCGCCUGCCAGUUCGCAAGAUUCCCGGGUGCGGCAAGGUGCUUGAGAACCAGAUUUCGAUCAUGUUGGGUGUGCAAACAUGCUCGGAGCUUCGCGCUGCCGCUGCGCGUGUAAAACGCGCAUUUCAGGGCCGAAAGACUUGCAGCUUCCUCCUGCGAGCGUGUCUUGGCCUGUCAGCUGACGAGCUGGCCGAAGACGGGGACGAAAUCGGCAACGUGGGCCGCAAGUCCCUGUCAUGCGAGCGCACGUUCCGAGCGGAGUCGGAGCCCGCGGAGCUGCGUGGGCGCUUGCGAGACCUCUGUCGGAAUGUCGCGCAGGAUAUGGCAGCGUCCGUUCCGCCUCUUGCAGGUCGAGUCGUGGCUUUGAAAACCAAGGCAUCCAGCUUCGAGGUGCGGAAUAAGCAGGUCAGCCUGAUGCAGCCAGUGGGCUUCAGCCCCAACUUCGGAAAGCCUGCUGAAGCUGCUGGAGUCCCUGAAGCCACUGCAACACACGAAGCACCUCACGAGGCAUCACAAAGCACUGUUGCCGAAGAGGCCGAACGGGAGAUCUCGCGUGUGACUCACGAGCUCUUCAAGUUGCUGGAGCCAGUCCUGGAGGAACAGCUCCCAUGUCAGCUUCGCCUAAUGGGAGUCCGGGUAUCUUCUUUCAGAGACCAGCGCUCCACUCUCGACAAAGGGCAGCGGCAGCUCAACAGCUUCUUCCAAGGCAAAAGCUCCGAGCAGAUCGCAGAAGAGCGCCACGCAGAGGCUCCAGCUGGCUGCGGCCAGGCAGCUUCUGAUCAGAGUGCAGAGAUGCCAAGACCCGCGCUGAGAGCUUUGCAGGACUCCACCGUUAUUGACCUUGAAGCCAGCUCUCAAGAGGACCAGGCAUUCAAGGCCUCCGAGCCAAAGGAAGGCAAUGCGCGCCCGCAGGGCCAGCAGGGCCCGCAGAGCCCGCAGAAGUCACUGCCGGCAGGGACAUCCGAAGGCUGCUUAAAGCGAGUGGUUGCAAGACUUGCCAGUCGUGCCAAGAGGAUUCGCUCGUCCGGAGUUUGUUGCCCAGUUUGUGGCAUUCGAGUGCCUGAAGAUGAAGCGAAUCAUCAUGUGAAUGCUCACUAUGGGGACAAUUGA